GCUGGAGCAGUGAGACCGGUGAGCGCUGGUGGGUGAGCGCUGGUGGGCGCGUCUGCGUCUGCGUACCGCACCCUCUCACUGGAACAGAGCGUACGGUUGGGGGCUGUUGGAUGAACGUCCUUCCUGGUCCUGGUCUGGGGAGACGGUCCGAACUUUCCAGGCCGAACGGUUCGCACCGAGCGGAGGUUGGGAGUUGCUGAGGAGGUUGGGAGUUGCUGAAUUGGCUUCAGACCUACUUCAGACCUGGUGUUUCAGUCGGCUGCUUCAGACCAAGGCCCAGACCUGGAGAACGACGGUUGCAGUCAUGACUGCCAAGGAUUGUCCAUCACUAUGGGGCUUUGGAACAACAAAGACGUUUAAAAUUCCCAUUGAACAUUUGGAUUUCAAAUAUAUUGAAAAAUGUUCAGACGUGAAACGCCUGGAAAAAAUUCUUUGUGUGCUGAGGUCUGGUGAAGAAGGAUAUUAUCCUGAACUUACAGAAUUUUGUGAAAAGCGUCUUACAGGCUUGGCUCCCGGAAGUAGAGCUUUGAGGAAGGAUAAACCUGCAGCUACAGCAUCCAGCUUUACAGCAGAAGAAUGGGAGAAAAUUGAUGGUGAUUUAAAGAGCUGGGUAUCAGAAAUUAAAAAAGAAGAAAAUACAAUGCACUUUCAUGACACUGAAACACAUUCAAGAGUGGAAGAUCAUUUACCUCCAGUUCGAAGCUCAAACAGUUGUCCUCACAUGGGGAAGGAAAAGUAUUCAAAAGGUAGACCAGCUAAAAAGAAAAUUCCAAGGGACUAUGCAGACUGGGAUAAAUUUGAUGUGGAAAAGGAAUGUUUAAAACUGGAUGAAGAUUACAAAGAAAAGACCAUAGUAGACAACAAGGCUCAUCUAUCUAAAUUAGAAACAAGAAUAGAGACAGCAGGUCUAACUGAGAAAGAAAAAGUUUUUCUUGCUUGUCGUGAGAAGGAAAAAGGAAAUGAGGCUUUUCGUUCAGGAGAUUAUGAAGAGGCCAUGAUGUAUUACACCAGGAGCAUAUCAGUCCUUCCCACUGUAUCUGCCUAUAACAACCGAGCUCAAGCAGAAAUCAAAUUACAGAACUGGAGCAGUGCUUUUCAUGAUUGUGAAAAGGUCUUGGAACUCGAACCUGGAAACAUAAAGGCUCUUCUGCGUCGUGCCACUACCUACAAACAUCAAAACAAGCUCCAGGAAGCUAGAGAAGACUUAAAAAAAGUGCUGGAUGUUGAGCCUCAUAAUGAUCUGGCUAAGAGAACCUUGUCAGAGGUUGAAAGAGAUCUGGAAAACUCAGAACCUUCAUCUAAGUUCCAAACAAAAGGGAAAAGGAUGGUUAUUGAGGAAGUAGAAAACUCAGAAGAAGAAGAAGAAGAAGAAGAAGGGGAAAGGGAAACAGGAAACCAGCAUGAAGAUGACGAUGGAGAUAAGACCUCUCGGCGUGCCAUGGGCAACAUCCAGAAGAAGCUGACGGGCCGGAGCGACGGCGGCAAGCGGCCGGCCAGGGGCGCGUCGCGGCGGGGCAAGACCGAGCCCGGAGCGGACAGGACCGGCGCGGACCAGCGCGGAGGGCCGCGGGCGGUAUCGACGGCGGGCGGCGGCGCCAACGGGCACUCGGACAGCGGGCGGGACGGCGGGGAGCCCCGAGCCGCGGAGCCCCGAGCCGCGGACGGCCUCGGCGGCCUGAAGAGCCGUGGCAACGAGCUGUUCCGCGGCGGGCAGUUCGCGGAAGCGGCCGCGCAGUACUCGGCGGCGAUCGCGCAGCUGGAGCCUGCAGGAAGUGCAAGUGCAGAUGAUCUAAGUAUCUUAUAUUCGAAUAGAGCAGCGUGCUACCUCAAAGAAGGAAAUUGCAGCGGCUGCAUUCAAGAUUGUAACAGGGCUCUGGAGCUUCAUCCAUUUUCAGUGAAACCUCUUCUUCGACGAGCAAUGGCCUAUGAAACCUUAGAGCAAUAUGGCAAAGCUUAUGUGGAUUUUAAAACAGUGUUGCAAAUAAAUUACGGAAUCCAGCUAGCAAGUGACAGUAUUAACAGAAUAACAAGAAUCUUAAUGGAACUGGAUGGACCAAAAUGGCGGGAGAAGUUGCCACCCAUCCCUGCUGUGCCUAUGUCCAAGCCGUCACGAGUUUGGCAUCCUGCCGCAGACACACAAGACCAAGAGGGACAGCUCAACAGCCACCUGCCCAAUAUUACAGAUGAAAACAUGUUUAAAGUCCUUAAGGAAGAAGGAAAUCAAUUUGUAAAGGACAAAAACUAUAAAGAUGCUGUUAGUAAAUACAGUGAAUGCUUAAAAAUUAACAAGGAGUGUGCCAUAUUUACAAACAGGGCUCUCUGUUACUUGAAGCUGGGCCAGUUUGAAGAGGCAAAGCAGGACUGUGACCAGGCACUUCAGAUAGAUGGAGGCAAUGUGAAGGCAUGCUACAGACGCGCACUUGCUCAGAAAGGACUAAAGAAUUACCAGGAAUGCGUAACUGAUCUCAAUAAAGUCCUCCUUCUAAACCCAGAUAUUGCCGAGGCAAAGAUGGAACUGGAAGAGGUCACUGGGUUCCUUAAUAGUAAGGAUAAUACAGCAUCACUCAACAAAGGAAGAGAGAGGAAGAAAAUUGAAAUCCAAGAGGUGAAUGAAGGUGAUGAGGAUGAGUCAGAUGGAACUUCAGAGGUGUCUGCUGCCUGCCUGAUGUCCCAGGAGGGGGAUGAAAACAGCAGGUCUACAGAACACUCUGAAAAACUUCAGUUCUCCAACCCUAGUAAUGCCUACGAGUUCGGUCAGAUCAUAAACACUAUCAGUGCUAGGAAAGAUGAAGAGGCCUGCGCACAUCUCUUAACCAUCACUGCACCCAAAGACCUGCCGGUGCUGUUAAGUAACAAACUUGAAGGGGAUACAUUCCUACUCCUCAUUUGGUCUCUGAAAAAUCACCUUAUGGAUAAGGACCCCUCCUUGGUGUAUGAGCAUCUGUUGUAUCUGAGUAAAACAGAGAGAUUUAAGAUGAUGCUGACACUAAUUAGCAAAGGCCAGAAGGAGCAAAUUGAACAGCUGUUUGAUGACCUUUCAGACACACAGGCCAAUCAUUUUACUUUAGAGGAUGUACAGGCCCUAAAGAGGUGGUAUGAGCUUUAACAAGGAUGGCUGAGAGUCUUCCGUGCAUGCAUCAGUUCUGUCACACUAAUGAGAAGGCACUGUACAGAGUUACAUGGAAAAAAACAGGCCUGGAAGAGACCUUCGGUCUGCAAAACAUUUACUUAUUUUUAUAUACAGAAUGUGUAUAUUCUACAAUCUGCUUUUUAUUAGUUGUAAAUAUUUUCUUAUGUACCAGAGCCAGCAUCUUUAUAUUUAAUAAGUAUACUUUGAGUUUGUUAAAUUACAUUUUAAUUUAUAGUGCACAUUUUCUUUUAAUAAUCUACUUGUUUAAAAUUUGAAUUACAAUGCAUUUCUUUGAGCUGUUCAGUUCUCCUAAGUUUGAGCAAUGAAUUUCUUUAGUUUGUUUUUAAAAAUGACCAUCAUUAACAUGAUUAUAUCACUUUAUAUCCUAUUAAGGUAUGCAUAAAAUCCAUUUUAUAGUAGUGGCUUAUGGCCAGUUAAAAUGAAAUACAACACUGAAGUCUAUGACACCAUUAGUUUAUAUAUUUUCUAAUAUGAAAACAUUUGCCUAAUAAGAAAAUUGCCAAAAUUUUCUAUCAUUUUUUUUACCAGUUUUAAAAUGUGGCUUUCCCUUACAUAUUGUCUGUAAGCAAUAAAACUAUAUGAAGCACUCAA